AGGUGCUUGAACUGGGAUUUGAUUUCUCAUCCUAUGGAUCACUGAAUGAGUAACAGAUGGCCUUGCCUCGUCUUACAGGCGCUUUACGCUCCUUUUCAAAUGUCACUAAGCAUGAGGAUUACAGUGAAGAAUUAGCUGACUUAACGAAUAAAAGAUCAAAACUACAUGCGCAGUUGCUGAAGUCUGAUCUUACUUGGAAGAAGAUAACAAAGUUUGUCGAUGACAAUUUGGACAAAAAAGAUCACCAAACUGUAAAUAGUGAUUUAAAAACUAUACUACAAGCUGCAAAACAAAUAGUUGGAGCUGAAAAUGGACAAGAAGCAAUUGAAAGCGGAGCUGUUUUUCUCUUUAAGACAUUUCACAGGAAAGAAUGUGUUGGCCAUGAUGAAACAAAGGUGAUCAAGCAGAUGUUUGGGCCGUUUCCAUCAUCAUCUGCUACUGCAGCUUGUAAUGCCACAUGUCGGAUUGCUUCUCACUUCACUGAAGAACAGCUUACAGCCCUCAUACGGAUGGCUGAAGAGCAAAAUGGUGAUAACAGAGUGUUCUUUGGUAAAAAUAUAGUGUUUUCAUUUGACAUGCAUGAUUUGGAUCACUCUGAGGAGCUGCCUGUGAAUGGUGAGACCGAUGCACAGAAAAUCAUAAGCUUAGAUUAUAACAAAUUUCUGAAUAACCAGCUGAAUCAGUUACAGAAUUACUGUGAUGAGAAGUCUGAUCUCAAGUCCUUGGAAAAAGUAGAUGAUUCUUUUUUAUGGUGUGAAGUUGGAAAAUAUCUGAAUGAAUCUCAAGGAGGUACCCCUGGAGGGCCAACAACAGAAGACCUCUGCUGUACUUUGUACGAGAUGCUUGCUUCUACCAAAAGUGGCGAUGAACUUCAAAAUGAG